AUGCCUGCUGACUGUCAGAAGAUUUCUGAAAAAGACAAAGAAAUCAAGGAGGAGCCACAAGAUGAAGAUCAAUCUCCAAAUAAUGCUUCUUCUUCUUCCUCCUCAACGGUAAAAAGCGAACCCGAGGACACUUAUACUUUCGGACAGCAGCCAACAGAACCUGUUGAAGUCAAGGGAUCGGUCAAAAGCGCAUCGAAAAAUCAAGCUCUAGAAAUUAUCGAUCUUGACGAAUCUCAAGAAACGCAGAGCAUUCAGGCAGAGAAAAACAUAAAUAAGCGACAGAAUCGGCAAAGCACCAAGCAAGCAUCGCAAAAAGGCAAAAAAAGAAAUCAACGAGCAAAGUCCUCAAAGCAGAAAAACUCAAGAGCACGAAAAAAGAUCGCCAAAAAGCCUGAACCCGUAGAAGAAAAAAAGCACACCACAGAUGAAGAGAAAUCACCAGAUGAAAUAACAAUCCUUGCACCAGCCGAAAACGAGCCGAGUCGAAAACCCAGCUUCACGAUGGUUCUCAGAUCGGCUUCAAGAGAAAGCGGGCCUAAAGAAAAAGCAACGAACAGCAACUCCGUUGGAGGCUCCGACUCCGAAGACACCAAAUCCUUGCUUGAUUCGCCCGAAGAAGAUGAGAAAAUUAAACCACCAGAAGUGAAAACAGAGCCAAAGACUUUUGAUUGUCUCGAAAGAACAAACGAAGCAGUACAUGAGAUGCACACAUACGUCACCAACUUGGCCUUGCAAAGCAAACUUGAGGAGAAAGACUCGGCGAGGUAUAAGACGAUCAUGCGGCGACGCGAUCAAGUCCUACCAGAUCUCGCUCGAAUGCAAUGCCAAAGCGACAUACAACUUACUUUCGCGAAGCUCGCUGCUUCGGGGCAAACAAAAGUCAGUGCUAAUGCUUUACGCAAACGAAACAAGGAACUCACCAUUAUGGGCAUUGGAGAAAAAUUAACGGUUGGAAAGACGAAUAAGACGCUAGAAGUUUUUGCGAAAAUUGUCGAGGAUAAAAAUGCCGUCAAAUAUCUUUUGGAAGAGUUCUUUGAUGAGCACUUUGAUAACUACUGGCAAAUGAUGACCAAAGAUCAGCAAGACUGCUUCUUGCCACAAAAAGAGGCUCCGGAGCCAAAGAAACGACCCACCAAACCACCGAAAAAAGAACCUACGAAACGAAAAGUUGGCCGACCAAAAAAGACAAAGAAAAAGCAAACUGCUCCCAACCCGAAUCGACCAAUGACGCGAAGCAGGUCAAAACAAGAGGUCAAAGAGGAGCCAAAAGAAGAAUCGAUAGAACUGAAAGAAGAGCCCGAAGAUGUUUAA